GAUGUCGUCCCCGCGGGCCCAGGAGGACAGGAAGGGCGGCGGUGAUUCCCCCGGGGACCUCCGCAGCGUCCUGGUCACCAGCGUGCUCAACCUUGAGCCACUAGACGAGGAUCUCUUCAGAGGAAGGCAUUACUGGGUACCCACCACCCAGCGGCUGUUUGGGGGUCAGAUAGUGGGUCAGGCCCUGGUGGCUGCAGCCAAGUCUGUGAGCGAAGACGUCCACGUGCACUCCCUGCACUGUUACUUUGUCCGGGCAGGGGACCCAAAGGUGCCAGUGCUGUACCAGGUGGAGCGGACGCGGACAGGGGCGAGCUUCUCGGUGCGCUCCGUGAAGGCGGUGCAACACGGCAAGCCCAUCUUCAUCUGCCAGGCCUCUUUCCAGCAGAUUCAGCUCAGCCCCUUGCAGCACCAGUUCUCCAUGCCUGCCGUGCCCCCGCCGGAGGAGCUGCCUGACUACGAGGCCCUCAUUGAACAGUACUUAAGGGACCCUAACCUCCAUAAGAAGUACCGAGUGGGGCUGAACCGAAUUGCUGCCCAGGACGUGCCCAUUGAGAUCAAGGUCGUGAACCCACCCGCCCUGAACCAACUGCAGCGCCUGGAGCCCAAACAGAUGUUCUGGGUGCGAGCCAGAGGCUAUAUUGGGGAGGGCGACAUCAAGAUGCACUGCUGUGUGGCUGCCUACAUCUCGGACUACGCCUUCCUGGGCACGGCUCUGCUGCCCCAUGAGUGGCAGUAUAGGGUGCGCUUCAUGGUCUCCUUGGACCACUCCAUGUGGUUCCACUCUCCCUUCCGAGCAGACCACUGGAUGCUCUACGAGUGUGAGAGCCCCUGGGCUGGUGGCUCCCGGGGACUGGUCCACGGGCGGCUGUGGCGGCGGGAUGGAGUCCUGGCUGUGUCCUGUGCCCAGGAGGGUGUGAUCCGAGUGAAGUCCCAUGACUCAAAGAGCAAGCUCUAGCCAGAGGUACCAGCUUGGCCUGGGGCCUCAAGGACUUCGCUUCCACUCUUACUCCUGAAGCAAGAGUUACAGUAGAAGGUUGAGCCUUCCGAUGCACACAUCCAAUAAAGAGACUGGUUCCACUGGA